AUGGCGUCUGCUGUUCUGAAUUGUGCUGUGGAGCUAAACCUCGCAGGACAGGACAGGGAGGCACCUCCCCUAAGGACCGGCGGCCUGGGCUGGAGGCAGCGGGCAGGCCAGCGGUCCCUGCGGUCCCAGGGGCUGCACCGCCACCUGCUGAGCGGCUGCGGCAGUCGUGGGUCCUGCGCUGCGGGGCUCGGCGCGGGACGGGUGCCGCCAGCUGCGGGUGGGAAGGAGCGACGCGACAGGGGUGCGCAGGUGGAGCGGGGGCGGGGCGCUGGCCGGGCGGGUCCCGCCCCGGGGGUGGGGCCGGGCGGGGCGGGCGGGGCGGGGCCGCGCUAUGCAAAUGUCGCCCACGGGCGGCCAAUUGCGGGCGCUCCCCGCGCGGCUUGGAGCGCCCCGUCCCGCCGGCGGCCGCGAGACCAGCGCGAGGGAGCGAGCGGGCACCGCGGUUCGAGCAGGAGCGCAGCGCAGCGCAGGGCCCGGGGCGCCUGGAGCAGCGGCGCGGCCGCCGGGCCCCGGUCCAGCACCCGGGCGAGCACCGCACAGCACAGCGCGGCCGGGCCGAGCCCCGCACCCCGCAGCCCCGCGCAGCGCCCCGCAGCCCCGCGCCCCGCGCCCCGCGCCGGGGUAUGCGCCCUCGGCGCGCCGGCCAGCGGGCGCCCGCAGCCCACCCGGGGGGAGGCGGCCCCGAGCGCCCCUGAACCUUCCCAUGGCCCGGGCUGGGGCCCGGGGCCUCGGCUGCUAACGCGCCCGAACCCCUGA